CUGCGUUCCGGCGUUCCGACCAUUUGUCUUCGUUCCGCGAUCCGCGCUUCACGCGACUUCGAGUCCGAGUGUUGUGUCACGUCGCGAGCUGCCGUGCGCGCGUAUGCAGAAGCGUCCCGAGGGCCGGAGAUAUCUCUUAGCGUAGACGAGACGGGAGAAUACAGAAAUCACGGGUCUCCCAAGUGAAUCUCCCUCCCCCAUUGGUUUCUCUUUCCCCCUUUUUUUUCCCCGCUGCUCCUACCCGCGGUAACUCGACGCGAGAUCGCGAUCCGCGACGCGCCACGAGUAGGGAGGGGGAGGCGGCCAUCUCCGGGAGCGAGAGAUUCUGAUACUUUUUAUUCCACGGUAUGUCAGAAGGCGAGGUGUUGUCGCAGAAGAAGCAGCAGCAGCAACCGCCGUUUCAUCCACAGCAGCAACCGCCGAUCGGAGCGGGUCCCAUGGCGAAUAUGGCGUGGCAGUAUCCGCCGAACAAUAUGCACAACAUGUUCCCACCGUACCCGGGCCAAAUGUAUGGUCCAGGGUACCAGGGUGUACCGCAUCAAGGACAGGUGUACAACUAUUAUUCCAUGAUGCCACCAUACGGUCAGGCUUUUAAUCCUCAACAGAUGCAGCAGCAUCAACAACACCAACAGCAGCAGCAACAGCAGCAACAACAGCAGCAGCAGCAGCAGCAACAACAGCAGCAGCAGCAGCAGCAGCAACAGGGGAACAAUCAGACGAAGCAACAGUUACAUCAACAACCUCCUAUACCUGGUACUCCGAUGCCUCUGGACGAUGAAUCUGAUCUUCCACCAUUGCCACCCGGUCCACCACCGGCAGUCCCACCAGCUCAACAACAUAACAAUCACUUACAGCAACAGUCGAUGGCUUACUCAGGAAUGAUGUAUAAUUCGUUCCCCUAUGGUAACUGGAAUGGAAUGCAUAAUGAUAAUUCCCAAUAUAACGGCCAGAAUACAAUCCGUUUCAACUUGCCAAACAAGAAAACGGGUCUUGGAUACACGCCGUCCGGCAAUAGCGGCGCCGCGAAAAAAAAGCGUAAGCGGAACAAAAAUUUAGCAGCUCAAUUCAACAAUAGCUUUCAGGGAAAUGCUCCGACUAGCGGUCCCUUCAUGCCUAACGGACCCAGCGUCAAGCCCGCGGAGCUACCACCGUUACCUCCCGCGCAAUGCGAGGUGGCGGCCCCUCCGCCGCCAAGUGAGGAGCCUCCUACUCCUGUCGUGCCGGUCACUACGGCUGUCAGCAACGCGGUUUCCAGCGCUGGUACUGUUCCCAAUAUUGCCCACAGCCCGGUCGGCGACUGGCCCGACAGUUUGAAGAAUUAUGUGAACCGAUGCUACGAGAAGUGUAAGACGGCGGUCGAUAAGGACCAGGUCGAAAUCAUACUGAAGGGCAAAAUCACACGCGCCGCGAACGACGGCUCGCUUUGGGUGAAGGACUGGGAUAAGGAGCCUCUGCCCAGCAUCCACAGCGAACGUAUGACCAUGACGAUCAAGCCUUCGAAGCCGGCGUUAAAGCUGGCGAAUCCUCUGGCGAGCCCACUGGUCAAUGCACAGGGAGGCUUGCGCAAGCCUGGCCUCUCCAGUUCACUCGGGGCUCGGCUUGGCGCGCGUCUCUCUGUGACACACAGCAGGCGGUCGAGGACGAGGUCGAGGUCGAGGUCUAGAUCGAGGUCAAGAUCAAGAUCCAAAUCGAGGUCGCGAUCCCGUUCGCGGUCGCGCUCGCGGUCACGCUCGAGGUCGAGGUCGACGCGUUCGCGUACGCGUAGUCCGCCGUCGCGCAGGUACAACAGGCGCAGCACGUCCUCGUCGUCGAACAUUAGCGAUCGAGAGCACGAUUACAAGGCGCUCAAAGUGAAAAAGUCCGCGCGCAACAAGGCGAAUCACGGCAACAAGAAGUCCAAGAAGAAUAAGCAGGCUAAAUCGCAUUUCUAUUCCGAAUUUGGUUUAGCUACAGGCAACACGGACGAGCUGGGAACCAAGGAGAAGCUGCAGCAGCGCGCUGCCAGAUUCAACGGCGGCAUUUCCAGGACGGUCGUCAACAGCGUCAUUAUUAGAGAUGACCCGAACUCGGAUUUCGACUUUACCGGCCUCCACAUCGUCGGCACGUGCAAGGAUCUAGAGAAGCCUUACUUGCGUCUCACGUCGGCUCCUGCUCCUUCUGCAGUUCGACCGGUAAGUGUACUUCAAAAUUCUUUGGCCCAUGUCAAGAAACGUUGGCUGGCCGACCAGGACUACAGAUAUGCUUGCGACCAAUUAAAAUCCAUCCGGCAAGAUCUUACCGUGCAAGGUAUCAGGGACGCGUUUACAGUUCAUGUAUACGAAACCCACGCCCGUGUAGCUUUAGAACGCGGUGAUCACGAGGAGUUCAAUCAGUGCCAGACGCAGCUGAAAAUGCUGUAUCAGGACCUCGGCGGUGAGAAUCGAUGCGAAUUCAUCGCGUAUCGGUUUCUCUAUUACAUCUUCACGAAAAACACUCAAGAUUUAACGACAAUUUUAGCGGCACUUUCGGCAGAGGACAAGAACGACGAGUGCAUAAAACACGCGUUGAAAAUACGAUCGGCUUGGUGGUUGGGUAACUUCCAUGCUUUUUUCAAACUGUAUAGGACAGCGCCGCGUAUGUCUGCCUUCCUGAUGGACUGGUUUGUCGCGAGAGAGCGAAAGAAGGCAUUGAAAUUCAUGAUAAAGUCCUACCGGCAAAAUUUGGCGGUUCAUUUCGUCGUAGCGGAAUUGGCCUUUGAGUCAUUGGACAAGUUUUAUGAAUUUGUCAGCGAGUUCGGCUUGGUUUACGCUGAUCUCGCUCGACAGCAAAUCGACUGCAAGGCAAGCAGUGGUAGUCUAGGUGGUUGGUAGAAGGCAACGCCACUCUAAUGUCCUACCUUUACCCCUUGUGGCGGAAGAUAAAUUUAACAUGCGAGAAAGAAGGGCCACACACACACCUACAUAUACACAUACAUAUACACACGCGUACAUGCAUAGAUCCCACGUGUGUCGUAUUACGUGUAUAUGCAUAUGUUUCCAGCAUAUGUGCGCUUGUGUGUGACUCAUGUGCAUAUAUAUAUACAUAUGUAUGUAUAGUCAGACGUAUAUUCCAUUCCGCUGGGGUACACACGUUUCCGUAAAUCUCCCUUGCUCUCGGAAGCCCCAGUGUGUGCUGGCUCCACCUCUCGCAAACGCUCUUCAGAUCAUCGUCCCACGGUGGCGCACAAUCUCAUCACCGUCGGGUACAAAAUUGAAAGCUUGGGACUUCGACUACAGCUUCGGCUUGUGAAUUUGUACAUACACGCUCCCUCGUUCGGUUUCCUCCCGCGCGCAAUUGUACAUAAUCGCAAGAGGACAAUAUAUGCCGAUCUCUCGCUGGGGGCUCCUGGAAUUGUACAAAACUCGGGACGGACGAUCGUUUCCGUUCAUUCGGCACUACCUCACAAAAAAUUACAUGAGAAAAAUCUCGUAACGUCGAGGAUCAUAUUCGCAACGCAAUCUACGGUCUUCGCAAUAGGAAAAAAAGCCCAUCUUUCGUUCGUUCUCGACUCGGGACGAUUCGUCGACGAGACGACCGCUCUCUCUCCUUUUCAAUCGUAGCGUGACGCGCAUGGCCCGCUUCACUGCCACCGGUGCUCGAUCGAUUUUCCAAGUAUUUCUUUAAGUAUUACUACACGAAAAAGACCCGUAUCCGCCCAAGCCGAGCCGCAACGCAAGCUUCUCUCGCUUUGAAGGGAGAGAUGCCUCAAAGAGAAUGCGGAUAAAGGAUUUUGUUUCACGAAUUCGGAGGCACGAGAGGCAUUCGCGUUUGAAAGGACACCGCGGUGACUUACUCGAGAGACGUUUUUCUCGGUCAGCGAUGAACAGAGCGUUCCUGAUCGCGACAAGUGUCACUUUCCGAACAAGCCCGAGAAGAACCGGGUAGAUCAGGCGGAGGCAAAGAGGAGGAGGAAGAAGAAGGAUCGAUUCUUGGAACAUCGUUGCUCGUGGAUGAACCGCAUGCCGAAGACGUCUGGGUUCGGGAACGAAGACAGAAGACCGAAGAUCAAGGGGAGAGGACGAUCCUCGCCGCGUGCCUCGCGCGACGAGUGGCGCGUUCAUCAUCGGUUCUCGUGUGCCGAGUGAUCUUGGAAUUCAUUUUAACCAGUGUCUAUGCGUUGCGCGCGAUGCGACGGUGCUCCCUUCGACGUUAGAGUCGCCCUAUUCUCGUUGGAUUCCCUAGGUAGUCAAGACCCUCUCGUUUCUCUUGCAUUCGCGUACGUAUGUCGUUCGUUCGUUCGCGCGCGCGCGCGCAUAGAGUGCAUGCAUCAGCCGCAUUACACGGAUUCGGAAAAGGGAAAAUGACAUUGUACCAUACUUGAUCCGAAUACGAUGUUGUGCAUAAUAAAUUAUUUAAUUUUC